CCAGUCAGCAAGCGCACACUAAUAUUCCAGUGACUGUAGGAGAGAAUUGUAUCCAGAGUGAGAGAGAGAGAGAGAGAGAGAGAGGGGAGAGAGUAUGAGGGCAGUACUCAGGAUGAGCCUGCGCUUUGAGGCUGUACAACACUAGACCCUCUGAGCUCUGCCUUUCGCAAAUAAUCUCCGCGCAAGGGAAACGUGAACCGGUAUCUUCGUUGAGGAUGAAUUAAUGGGUAUCCAGCAGAGGUGUCGCGACACUGACGGUCCUGCCCCGGUUGUCGAAACGGACCAGUGGUGACGAUGAUGUCCACAAAAUCCACCACAACUGGAAUCUAACGAGACGCUUCAUUCUGAUCGGCGCUCAUUCAAACUUCAGAUGGACUACAUUCACUCCACACUGACCAGUAAAAUGAAUUGGAUCACACUUCUGCUGGCCGGCUUGACUUUUUGGAGCAAUGUGUCAGUGCACAGCUGCUUAGAUUACGAUGACAACUAUGAUUAUUACGAAGAGGAGAAAACGGAGUCAAUAGACUACAAGGAUCCGUGCAAAGCUGCUGUAUUUUGGGGAGAUAUUGCAUUGGAUGAGGAGGACUUGAAAAUGUUCCAGAUCGAUGGGACGAUAGAGCUCACACAGCAGUCACAUGGGAGACAAGGGCACACGACUGGUGGUCUAGAUGAACAUAAUCCCAGUAAGAGGAGAGGCUCAUUAUAUCUGUUGCUGGACAGAAUACGACGGCUAGGCUUUGAAUCAUGGCCAGUAAAUAGCAGUGAAGAUGUACCGACCUCAAAAGCCGGAGGAAAGAGUGGAACCGGCAUUAAAGGUGUGAAGUCUCGAGUGCCGCGUGCUGCCACAUCCCGAGCAGAGAAGAUCUGGCCCGGAGGAGUCAUCCCUUACGUCAUAGGUGGCAACUUUACUGGCAGCCAGAGGGCCAUGUUAAAACAAGCCAUGCGACACUGGGAGAAACAGACGUGUGUGACCUUCAUAGAGAAAACCGACGAGGAGAGUUACAUCGUCUUCACAUACAGACCAUGCGGGUGUUGCUCCUACGUCGGUCGUCGAGGCAACGGCCCGCAGGCGAUAUCUAUUGGGAAGAACUGCGACAAGUUUGGCAUCGUUGUUCACGAACUCGGCCACGUCAUCGGCUUUUGGCACGAGCACACGCGACCUGACCGCGAUGAUCACGUGACUAUCAUCAGAGACAACAUCCAACCAGGUCAGGAGUAUAACUUCAUCAAGAUGGAGCCAGGGGAUGUAAACUCUCUUGGGGAGCCGUAUGAUUUUGACAGCAUCAUGCAUUAUGCCAGAAACACUUUCUCCAGAGGAAUGUUUUUGGACACAAUUCUUCCCUCUCGUGACGAGAACGGUGUCAGGCCUGCGAUCGGUCAGAGGACUAGACUCAGCAAAGGAGACAUAUCACAGGCCAAGAAGCUGUACAGAUGCCCAGCAUGUGGCGAAACGCUGCAGGACUCAGUGGGGAAUUUUUCGUCUCCAGGAUAUCCGAACGGAUACCCCUCAUAUACACACUGUGUGUGGAGAAUCUCUGUCACACCUGGGGAGAAGAUAGUGUUAAACUUCACCACUAUGGACCUGUACAAGAGUAGUCUGUGCUGGUAUGACUACAUAGAGGUUCGGGACGGAUACUGGAGAAAAGCGCCACUGCUGGGUCGCUUCUGUGGUGAUAAAAUUCCAGACAUUUUGGUCUCUACAGACAGUCGGAUGUGGAUUGAGUUUCGCAGUAGCAGCAACUGGGUUGGAAAGGGUUUCGCAGCUGUCUAUGAAGCGAUAUGUGGAGGAGAGAUCAGCAAGGACUCAGGACAGAUUCAGUCUCCAAAUUAUCCAGAUGACUACCGUCCAUCUAAAGAGUGCGUGUGGAAGAUCUCAGUGUCUGAGGGUUAUAGUGUCGGCUUGAGCUUUCAGGUCUUUGAGAUCGAGAGGCACGAUAACUGCGCGUACGACUACCUGGAGGUUAGAGACGGCCUGUCCGAUAUCAGCCCUCUGGUCGGUCGAUUCUGCGGCUAUGAUAAACCCGAAGAUAUCCGCUCAACCUCCAACACCCUGUGGAUGAAAUUCGUGUCGGACGGGACUGUUAAUAAAGCAGGAUUCGCAGCAAACUUCUUCAAAGAGGAGGACGAGUGUCUGAAGCCUGAUAAUGGGGGCUGUGAGCAGAGAUGUGUGAACACAUUAGGAAGCUUCAAGUGUGCCUGCGAUCCUGGAUAUGAACUCGCUCCUGACAAGAAGAGCUGUGAAGCUGCAUGUGGGGGUUUGUUGACUAAGUUGAACGGCACGAUCACCACCCCUGGUUGGCCUAAGGAAUACCCCCCGAACAAGAACUGUGUGUGGCAAGUGGUGGCCCCAGCUCAGUACCGCAUAUCCAUGCAGUUUGAAACCUUUGAACUGGAAGGAAAUGAGGUGUGCAAAUAUGACUACGUUGAGGUACGGAGCGGCUUGUCAUCUGACUCUAAGCUUCAUGGGAAAUACUGCGGCACAGAGGUUCCUGAGGUCAUCACCUCUCAGUUCAACAACAUGCGAAUCGAGUUUAAAUCAGACAACACUGUAUCCAAGAAAGGCUUCAAAGCUCACUUCUUCUCUGAUAAAGAUGAAUGUUCAAAGGAUAACGGCGGAUGCCAGCAUGAGUGCAUCAACACUAUCGGCAGCUACAUGUGUCAGUGUCGCAACGGUUUUAUAGUGCACGAGAACAAACACGACUGCAAAGAAGCUGAGUGUGAGCACAAGAUCCACAGUGCCAGCGGAACCUUCAGCAGCCCCAACUGGCCUGACAAGUACCCCAGCAGGAAGGAAUGCACCUGGGACGUCACCGCCACCCCCGGCCACCGCGUCAAAAUCUCAUUUAAUGAGUUUGAGAUCGAGCAGCACCAGGAGUGUGCGUACGAUCACCUGGAGGCCUUUGACGGAGACUCGGACAAGGCACCCAUCCUGAGCCGCCUGUGUGGCAGCAAGAUUCCAGAGCCGCUCAUCUCCACGGCCAACAAGAUGUACCUGCGCUUCAUCUCUGAUGCCUCAGUGCAAAGGAAAGGCUUCCAGGCCACUCACUCCACUGAAUGCGGAGGCCGACUGAAGGCAGAAGCACGGCAGAAGAAUCUAUACUCUCACGCUCAGUUCGGAGAUAAUAACUACCCUGGACACACGGACUGCGAGUGGCUCAUCACUGCAGAGUCCGGCUACAGCAUCGAGCUCACGUUCACCACUUUCGAAGUGGAAGAAGAAGCCGACUGCGGGUACGAUUACAUCGAACUUUACGAUGGCUACGACACCGGAACGCACAAACUAGGACGCUUUUGUGGAUCUGGGCCCCGUGAGGAGCUUUACACCGCCGGAGACGCCGUGUUGAUUAAUUUCCACACAGAUGACACGAUCAGUAAGAAAGGCUUCCAUAUCCGCUACACCAGCACAAAGUUUCAGGAGGCGUUACACACGCGCAAGUAACAACAGAUGAGAGACUCCAAAGAAACAGAGGACGCGGAUGAAAAGUUACAAAGACACACGAGGAGAAAACGGACUCCAGAAAACUGAGUUAUUUCAAUCGAGGACCCUGCCGUGACGUGUUUACUUCAUUGUAACUUGUGUUCAGUAUGGAAGUGCUGUCAGUGUUCCUUAACACCAAUCAGCUGCUCUUAUGUGUGGGGUAGCUCCACCCACUGGACCACAGAAUGGUGUCUUAAAUGGACAUUAAAUUAAAUGGCUCCCCUUGGAGCCCCACCCUCACACACGAAAACAGUGUUUUGGUUCUCAGUUUUCAGACUGCUAUAACUAGCGUGCGUAUGUGUGUGUUUGCAUGUCUCGUGAUGUUCUGGACAGCAUGGAUAGGCCGCUGACACCACACUGCACUGUACCUCAACUUAAACUUGUGUGAAUGAGAGAGAGGGAGCGUGAGAGGCCUUCAGAUAACCAGCCUGUUGAUCAGAACUCAUUUAAACAGAAGAACAAUUAUGUUAGCUUUAAUGACAAAACCCUUUUUUUUCACUGAACUAGCAUUAGUUAUGUAUGUUAAUGUGUAGCGUGAUUUCACAAUAAGCUUCCUUACAUAUAUGUAGCUUAUUGUUUAUGUCUGCAAUGGACACAUAAGCAAAAGUGAGUGACUAUGACUGCAUUUUCAUUGUAUACCAGUAUCGUAUGCUCUACUGGUGAGCAAACCCUUCGAUGGAACUCGACGGAAAUAUACAGUAUUUACGCAGACGCAGAAAAUCAGUCCAUCUAGGCCGAUGUAUGAGCAAAGGUGUUUUAUGACAAAUAUAAUUUUUUUUUAUCCAAAGGGACACUCUGUUAAAGAAAUCGUGUCGGAGAAACAGGAAAUGAUGUCGUAAAGCCUUGUGAAAUAUGUCUGUUACAGCUGUCACAACUUGACGUAACCCUGUGCGCUUUAUAUGCACUUAACACAGACAAAACAAGACUGGAUGGAACUGUGCGCUUUGCUACAAAUGAACUCAUGGGCAGUACCAAUGAAACUGUGUUUGAGAUAUAAGAAUGCUCACUACAUUCUUGCAAGGGAACGUUCUCCGAUGCUAUAUUCCCAAAUGACGAUCUGCGUUUUCACUGAUCCGGAACCUUUGUCCGCUUUGGAAACGACGUAAACGGUGCUAUUCAGUGUCUCAAAAAAACGACGUCCCAUGAGGCAGUGCUUCAACCGUUCAGUGAAUGUGUUGGUCUAAUGGAGAGGCAACAGUGAAAUAAUGUUGCUCAUCAACACAGAAAGAACGUUGAAAAAACAGCAUUGACAGCACUAGUGUUGUGGAGGAACAAUUAUUGCCUUAGAACCAAAUUGUACAUUCUUGCACAUGAUGAUGUUUCUGUAGAUAAUUGUUGCUGUUUUUUGUUUUGUUUCUGAAAUUAUUAUUUUAUUUGAUAUUAAGUUUAAAGAACUUGAAACUUUAUGUUAAAAAAAUCUUACAGACUGACCUGAAGUCGUCCCUACGUCCAGUUUCAUAUACAAACAAAACAUACACGUACACUUACAGUACCUGCAUAAACACUUGGUCAAAUAUAACAAGAACAAAAACAAGGAUAGGGUAUUCUUAAUGCUUUAGUGUGCGGUAAGACUGAGUGAAGUGUGAUGGUAUGUGUGCAUCUGGGAUUGAGUGAUAGACAGCACAGGUCAUGUGACUCUGCUGUUUAUCUGUAUGUGCCAAGCUCCUGUUGAUUCCAAAAUAGGUGAAUUAUGACGUAUGAUGUUACAGAAGAUUUUAUUUUCCUGCCUAAUGAUGAAAAAUAAAUCUUUGAUUAAA